AGGCUCCUUCACAGUAAUGCAAUUAAAACUAUUGAAAGCAAGGCUUUUGACGGACUUUUACUGGAGCAGUUGUGAGUAACUUGACGAAUUGCCUGAUUUCCUUUAAAGGUCUGAAAAGGAGAUAAAUUUCGUGAGCUGAAAGUUUCCCUGUUUCCUCGGUCAUUGUUAGAAGAAAAAACAAACAUAUUAAAAAAAAAAACCGCACCCGCUAUUUCUGAUCGUUGAUAUCGGGAGCUUUUACAAUUACUAUCAAAUCGUUUCUUUUGUAAUGAGUAGAUAUUUUAUUUUCAGAACCAUCUUUGAUAAUCCUUUCAGCUCAUUACCAGAUGGAAUGUUCGACAAAAUGUCAAACCGUACCAAAGUGUAAGUCAAGCCGUAUGGCUUAAACACACGUCGUAUAGCAUUUCACUAGAAACUGAAGUUAGUAGAAGACUUCUAGAUCAUAGACACGCCAAGAUAUACUUUUCAUAUCCUCAAGCUAACAUGGAAACUUCAUAUUGUUGAAUAGUCAUUUCCAAACGUGUUUUUAAACACACCUAAGAACACGAGACAAAAUGACAUACAUUCACGAAAAGAUGAGAGCACCCUUAACGCGGAAACAAACGUAUCAGUAUAAUUAUCAUCAUCCUCAUCAUCAUCAUUAUCGUCGUCGUCGUUGACAUCUUCAUCAUUAUCGUUACAGUUGUUGUGUUGUAGUUUUAUUGGUAUAGCCUAUCUCAAGUCGGUUUUCGUACCUUCAGUAGUUCUCACUUUCGAGUAAAUUGAGGGGAGGUGUGGAAUUAUCAGGUGAUGGAAUGUCAUCCAAUCAGAGUGGAGGACCAAGAUGUCAGGUCACUCAAAGCUAGGAAACCUGAGUUUGCUUUGGCGACGUGGGCUUUUUGACUAAUUACUGCUGUCACCAUUCUCAUAACGAGAGUGUUUUUGUCUUCUACAUCCAAUCAGUUUCAGUUCAACUUACCUAUAAUCAAGUUGUUUACAGGUCAUUGACGUGUAAAAGUCUUCGUCAGCUGCCUCGGGGAAAAUAUUUGUCACAAAUGUAAGUAGGCCUUAAACUUUCAUUUUUUUUGGACAUCCUAUAUAGAAUCACCUUCAACAUGGUCUUCCAUUGAUGGACAUCUACACUAUCGAUUAAGCGGCUUCUUUGACUCAAGAAAUUUACUAUGUAUAGUUAUUAAAAGUUAGCCGUAGUAUAACAUAAAAGCUUUGUUGGUCUAGUUAUGAUACACUGCAAGUCUUCAAAAUAGCUCAAGCGUCUUCUCUACAAGACGACGUCAUCUAGUGCAAACUCACCCCCCGGCCUCUGUUGCACCAAAUUUUUCAUGAAUCUUAACCGCCUUCGUGUUAUUCUCAUGAGGGUUUUAGUUUGAUUUUAAUCUUUUUGGGAAUACUCACUUGGUUAAAUUCAUCAGUGCGCACCUAGUAAGCGAGGCUUAAGGGAAGAAAUCGAGUUUUACUGAGUUAAAAUGUGUGGGGCCUCUUUGAUUGGUUUCCAGGCCUUGGUACCUGAGCUCAUAUAUGACAUGAAUAAAAAAUAUGGUAAAUGUACAAAUUUUUUUAAAGCACACAUUUCGUAGAGCACUUUUAACUAUUUGCACUCGUUAGACAUGAUCUCAAGGUUAGAGCGACUUCGAUCUUGCGCUUCACUGAGUUUAAAUCAUCCUUAAAUCCAAUGCGAGCUUGUGGGUUAAUUGUCAUCUCAUUUCUAGGUCUCUUUUCUAAUGGAGAAACUUAAAAUGUCUCUUCCAAGCAAGAUUUUUUAAUUUGUUAUUGUCAUUAUCCAAUCCUCAGUGAGUGUGCUCCCUCGACAUCUCUGUACGUCAUUUUGGACAACGACCUAAGUUACUUCGGAUUUAGUUUUUCACGCUCAGGUUUUGUUUGCCACGACUGUGCAACCUAUAAAAAACAAAGUUUUCCAACUAAGUGUAAAAACUGCAGUCUCUGUCCAGUUGGUACCUAUAUGUAUACUGAUGAAAACCGCUGUGUAGAGUGUCCUGCAGGUAAUGAGAAUGAACACCUAUUUCAUCGUUAAUGCAAAGAAUGAUAUAAAUAAUAAUAUAAAAGGUUUAGAUAGCGCCGUUUAUGCUAAGUAUCCAACCGCGCGUUAUAUUACAAUAUUGGAAGUUAUUUAAUAAAAAAAUAUCUGAACCAUAUAAUUUAACUUUAUAACAUGCCAGCUAAAAUUCCUUUGAAAAUAAAAGCCAUAGGCUUAAAUUUCAAGGGCGUUAACAACUUGUACCUCUUCGUAACCUCUGGAAGAGAAUUCCAUAAUACUGGUGCAAUAUAUGAAUAAAACUCUUUGGCCAUACAACCGAAGAUUGUAUCUUGGUGUUACAAGUAAAAUUUACAAGACGAUCGCGAGGUUCUUAACGUUCCUGUAAGUAAAUAGGAGCCACAUCAUUUGAAGAUUUGAAAGUUAAGAGUAGAGUUUCAUAAUCACUCUGUUCGGCCACUGGAAGCAAAUGUAUCUUUCUCAAUAUUAUAACCAAAAACAGGCAACAAAGAAUAACUUAAAGGUUUCACAAACAAUAGCAUUUAUAAAAAUGUUUCUACUCUGUAAUUGUACUUAACAAUUGAAUCUCUCCCAACCCACCUGUGGAGCUGAAUCCUUGUUUUAUGAUAUGAUGUCUUCACAGGUGGCUUUUAUCAGGAUGAAAUGGGACAAGUUGAAUAUAAAAGAUGCAGUAAUGGUACAUUUGUUUCUGAACAGCGAAGUCCUGGAACCAAAGCUGCCGACUGCGUGGCUUGUCCAUAUGGUAAGUGCAGUGUUCGCUUUGGGCGAACUGCACCUUUCUCGAUUAAAUACCCUUUAGGUAACACUGAGUUUUAAUGAAAGGACUGUCACAGCGAUUUCUUCAACACACAGCAGUCACUGUCAUUAGUUUUGGUUCUUGCAUCAUCAACACAGAAAAAAGUUAACUGUAGUGGACUAUCAGAAAACCUCUUCAGAGAACAGAAAGAUGAGCAGAAAUGACUCGCUUAAUGGUAGUUGUUGUUGUCGAUAUUUAUUUUAGGCGAAAUCCAAAGAUACCUGAUUUUAAAGUAUAUCCAUUUACUUCGCUAGUGAAAUCUUAUUUCUUGGUUGAUUCAGAGAAGAGAGAAAAUUAAUUCCUGGAAAAGCCUUUUUAUGAAUGCUUUAUUAUCAUUGCUAAGAAAGAAAACAUUCCUUCCCAGGUACGAUCUCCAACGAGACUGCUGAACAUCGUGCAUGCAGAUGCCUGCACAACUUCUAUCGGUUGGAUCGUUUUGGCCCGUGCUCAGCAUGUCCACCACAUGGUUUUGUUUGUGAGAAAGAUACAGCAAUACUUGCCCCUAACUACUUCUGGAAAUGGACAGACCAGUCUGAAAAAGAACGUUUCAAGGGUUUUGUUAACAAUAUUCAUUCUUUUGGACCACACUACAACAAGUCAUAUUCCACGUUCGAUACUUCACUUCCGAAGCCACUCAAAUGUCCCCAUGCAAAGUCCUGCAAGGGUGGAAUUGACUCAGAAUGCCAUCAAGGAUAUAAAGGGACUUUGUGUGCAACCUGCUCUGGAGACUUCUAUUUUCGCUUCAACUCUUGUUUGAAAUGUCCCCGGUUACCUGUAACAAUAACCUCAUCCAUUUUGGUAAUUACUCUUUUUGUUGCUGUGUUUCUAAUGGUUAUGUGGGGGGACUCCAAACGUGCAGAGAACGACCGGACAGUUGCAGAUGUCGUCAUGUCGUGCUUUAAGAUUGUGACUGGUUUUUACCAAGUCAUCGCUGGUAUUUUCUCGGCAUUGGCGAAAGUCCAGUGGCCAGUAAUUUUGAUCUCAACGGAGAAGGUUCUAAAAGUAUUUGAAGGGAACAUCUUGCAGUUUGCCCCUCUUAGUUGCAUUCAGCCUUCUCUACGGCUUGAUGAGCUAGGAAAGUUCACGAUGAUUGUUGUCAUGAAUGUCUCACUCGUUAGCUUGAUUUUCUUGUAUCUAUUUCUUAAAAAACACUAUAUCAUGAAUAAGGAGGACCUUUGCGAAGACCAGAAAGUAAUGGAAGUUAAGAGUUUGAAGAAAUCUUGCUAUCGGAACAUUUUCCUAUUAUUGUUGACGACCUACCCCACGACGAGCAAAUCGAUUAUUCAGAUUCUACCUCUUCCCGGUGCUUGCGUAGAGACUUGUUUCACAGAGGACAAGAGCGACUGCAUCUUCCUUCUGAGAGCUGACCACUCAAUCCAGUGUUUCACUCCUCGCCACAGCUUGUAUUGGCUCAUGGCUUCUAUUUUGGCAUUAUAUCCCUUGGGAUUUCCACUUCUGGUUCUGUUUCUCAUUUACAAGCAUCGCGAUUCCCAGGAAAAUGAAGCAAUUUCUUUCGGACUCAGAGUGUUCUUUGAAAACUAUAGGAAGAAAUUUUGGUUUUGGGAAAUCACAGAGAUGUAUCGCAAGCUGAUUCUAGUCUCGUUGAUUUUUCUUUUUGGAUCAAACAGCCUCUCUCAAAUUGGUCUUACAAUUCUGACAGUUAGUAUCUUUGGAGUUAUCUACACCUUAUUCCGACCGAUCAAGAAUAAGUUUGAAGACUGCUUGCAAACUUUUGUUCUUUGGAUCAUUUUCUUUGACGUUUGUCUUGGCGCAGUUUACACAAACUGGGAUGAGAGUCGAGGAGAGGACAAGAACGACUCCAUCUUUGUAAAUGUCCUGUUCGUGGUCCUUAACGUCUCUGUUUUGUUGCUUGCCAUUGGUAAGUCAACGUGCUGCUCUCUUUUCGAUCUUAAAUGUGCAUUUUUCUCAUUUGCCAAAUAAAUUAAGGAAAGGUUGCGUGGAUUGUGGUGGUUUUCUCAAUUCCUCAGAUUUUUCUUUUUUCGCGCAAUGAAAGUAUUAUGAUAAAAUCGUAAAGUAUCCAGGUUGUUUAUGAUAUUUGACUCUCUAUAACACUGGCUCACACAACUGUAACCUUAAAACAGAUCGCGAUGUUCGGUCAAUUCUUCUCGCAGCUUAACUUUUCCUGUAAGUGGAACUUUUAGACCUUGUAAUCCUGAUAGCUGAGUUAUUUUCUCUUUUCAUAUGCUGUAGUGUUCCAACAUUAGAAAGUAUUGGUAGAAGACAGAAAACUGCGAGUUACAGAUGGAGUAUUAUGAAUACUGAGAUCUUAAAAAGAAAUCCAAACCAUUGAACUGACGAAAUGUCAACACCCAUUCUCAAAACGCUUCUUAGCAUGAGCGAAAACAAACACAAAUUUCAGUAAAAAGGGACACCUUACCUUUUCCAACGCCUUCAUGUAAGAUUUCAAUUACAUAUCUUAAUAAUUACCUCCGUCUUUUUUUUUCCCUACUUUACAGGAAAAGGAAUUCUACACGUGAAAUCAAUUUGGAAGUACAUUUCCUUGAACCCGAUCCGAUGUUUCAUUUUCCUUCGCCAAGGAGUACCACGUCUUAAAAACAGAAUGGUCAAAAGAACAGGAACAUCUGAUGAACUUUCAUACUUCAUUGAAGAAAGCAACUGA